UGGAUAAAUAAAGAGACGGUUCUGGGUGACCAUUUGCUGCACUUACCUUUUUCAGUUCGGUAAUCAUUACACUUUGUAUGUAAAGCAUACGCUGGGACCACCGUGCCUCGUCUGUCGUAGCGCUGAUAUGUCGAUGCGCUCGUUGUUGCCAAAGCAUGUGCUAAUGCGGCCGUGCUUGACCAUCUCAGUCUUUCCCUAAGGAUGCUAGCCGUUUUGAAAGUAUAAAUACUUGGAAUGUGCCACUUCCUCACAAUACCAAGCUCUCACUUUCUGUCAUAUUUUUGACCAUGCUGACCUCCGCCAGACUCGCAGUUAUAGCACUCUUCGUGCCCAUCGUUCUCGCUGGAAAGCGUGGCCUAUGCUGGACCUACUUCGAUGGAACACUUGAUCCUGGUGUUUUCAAUAACGGAGAUGGAGAAGUUGUUGCAAUUCUACCAACGGAAACGGUGGCCUCGGAUUCAUCGGCACUGCAGCGCUGCACCGACUGCUCAUCCAGUCCUAUAGCAGAUCUGGCAUCACGUCAAGCAGCACAAGGCUGGGCUACCGUAUUUACGCUGAACGAACCUGAUAUCAACGGCAUCACCCCAAGCGAGGCCGCUUCCUGGUACAUUGAAUAUGUUAACCCAUUGGCGAUCAAGAAGGCCCUCCCUGCUGUUACCUCCAGCGUAACGUCUGGAGAGGGUCUUAGCUGGGUCUCUGAAAUGAUCAGCGCUUGUGCAGGACAGUGCUACUUCGACUACAUCAACUUGCACUGGUAUGGAUCAACCUUUGCGGAAUUCCAGAGCUAUGUAGAAUCAGCAAAUAGUCAAUUCCCCGACUAUCAACUCGUUAUCACAGAGUUUGCUCUUGAGAACCCUGCAGGUGGUCAAGCAGAUCAGGUGACCUUCUUCCAACAGGCGUUCCCUUUCCUUGACGGGGCGUCAUACGUUCAACUUUACUUCCCCUUCAUAGCAACUUCGCCGGCGCUCUUCACAGAAUACAACCCUUCUGGCGCCGAUCUUAUCGGAACCGGAUCGUGCCUCUACAACGACGACGGAUCUCCGUCUGCAGUUGGAGACCUCAUGUACUAGUUUUCUUCCAUUACCCCAUCCUGCGCAUGCUUUGAUGAAAGACACAGA